AUGUUGUUUUCCUGCUCAGAGUUGAGAAACGGGGUCCUGGCUCUUAGUUUGAGUCACGGAUCAGGAACUCUCCUCAACAUCAUCAGUGACAGAAAGGUGAAAUAGAGUUUCGCUCCUUUUUUUUUUUUUUUGAGAUGAUUGAUAUUUAGUCAGGUCAAUGGCAGUGUGUGUAUGUGUGUGACUUUUUUUAGGUGGUGCAGCUGAUCCUGGACCAGUGUGGGGCUAGCCUGGCUGGGCCAUCCAGUUGCCUGAAUCACCUGCUGUUCCUUCCCACAAGGAACGGCAAGUGAUUCACACAGGCUAGUGUGGGGCGGUGACGGUGAACAAGCUGGAGGGGGUUGGAGGGGAGGAUCAGGAGGCAGACGAGUCGGGCUGCAGGGCUGCAGGAGAAACACCCGGAAACCAGAGGUGUGACAGAGAGAGAGAGAGAGAGGAGAGAAGAUGUCUCACAUGUUAAUUUCUAACGGCCUCUUUCUUCAUAUUUCCCUCCCUCUCUCUCUAUAUCUCUUUUACUUCUCCUCCUACCUGUCCUUUUUCUCCCUGUCUUCCCUUGUUCCCGCUCUCCUUCCUUCUCCUCCUCCUCCUCCUCCUCCUCUUCCAAGAUCUUCCAAGAUACACGAUCACAAAGUCCUCCUCUUCCUCAGGUAUCUAAAUGUCUUCCAGCCUCUUCAGCUGGGUGGAGUGAAGGACUCUCCUCCCCAUCGUCGGUAUCAGAGCUUCACAGGCUGUCUUCGUAACCUGGCGGUGGACAGUCAGGAACACCUUUGAGCUGUGUGUGUGUGUGUGUGUGUGUGUGUGUGUGUGUGUGUGUGUGUGUGUGUGUGUGUGUGUGUAUGAGUAUUAUGAAAUGUUUAAAUCUUCUUCCUUCCUCUGGUCCCUCAGGUGUACUACCUGGCGUCUCCAGGCGGGAGCGUGGACAGCAUCCCUGGGUGCCGGCUGACAGACGGUGUGUCUGUGUUUUACACUUCAGAGGUGUUGUGUUUUCAGACAAUGUCAGAUAAUGCAGUGAAAUGAAGCUCCACUAUUUGGCUCCACAAUAAGAAACAGCUUGAUGCUAUACAGCGCAUAAUGACACCAAUGAUCAGAAGAUUAAUAUGAUGAUUAUUACUUCAAGGAAAUGAUAAAGUAAUGAUCAUGUUGAACAUCAUGAAAAGAUGUUUGGUGGCUAGUACUAUGGCUGUGACCCUAUGUGUCCUGUUGAUGAAGUUAAGUGCUGUUCUGAGCAUUAUUUGUGGCUAUACAGUGGCGUUUUGGUUGAGGUUUGUUUAUGGCUCCUCAGACUGCUGUGUGUUGCUAUCCUACGGUUGUUACCAAAGUUGGCAAAACUAGAGAAGCAAGUGGUCAGCAACAUUCAUCUCUCAACAUUCAUCUUGUCUAACACGGUGUUAUGGUGUGUUUGACCCUAACUUAAUUUUACGCCGGAAUAUCCCUUUAACCUUGAAGAAGAAACUCAUCAACAUGUUUGUGUCUUUUCUUUAAUGUGAAACCACGAUAUUCAAAGAGGCAUUAUUAUAUUUUUGAUGUUUUAUCCAUCCAUCCUCUCCCACCAUCUGGGCCAGCUCACCACCAGGUAGUGAUCAGAUGACAGCUCUGCCCCUCUCUUCACCUGGUGGUAAGCUGUCAACUGAUCACUACCUGGGAGCCAGCUUACCACCAGGUAGUGAUCAGUUGACAGCUCCGCCCCUCUCUUCACCUCUUCACCUGACGACACGAUCACAAAGUCCAUCAUCGAACUGUGGCCCAGAGUGUCCUGGUGCCAAUUGCACAUGUGGACACCCUCAUGUCUGAACAUGGUCAGGCUGUGAUGAGCACAGUCGAAGCGAGUGAAACUUGGUGCCAAAUAUUUUGUCCAUCAUAAGGAGUCUGUUUGAGCUACCCUUAGUCUGAUCCCUCCUCCAGGACCUCCAGACCCUACCAGAGGCAUAAAGCCCCCCAACAAUAUAGCUCCUGGGAUCAUUGGGACACACAAACCCCUCCACCACGGUAAGGUGGUAGCUCUAGGAGGGGAAUUUUUUUUUCCAGUUUAGAAAACUGUGGGCGAACCGGAGCCUCCCGGAGUAAACCCAUACGGACAGGGGGCGUUUUUGUGCCGCCUGAAGACAAACAAGACAAACACAAAACAAACAACACCUAAAGAGAGACGCCCCCCCAUAUGUGGAGUCCGUCACUCCAUAAGUGUUUUUGUAUGUUAGUGGAACAAACAGUGAAUUGUAAUAUGGGCAUUACACCUCAGCCAUCUCACAGUAGCCUAUUAGUAUCAGCAUUUCAGCUGAACAACAGACUACUGCUUGACUACCUUACUACUUCGAGAUGAACCUUGGCCAUGGCUCCUUUUGGUGCCGUUCAUGACUGGAGUAAAUUCAACCCAUUUAAAGUACAUUGUGCUAUAUUCUUUUUAAUCCUUUACUAAGUGAAUCAUGGCAACAUCAUUUAGCAUUUAUUGGUUUAUUCAAAGAAAAAUGCUGCUACAUAAGGAAGGUUUGGCAUUUGACUGUAAUGCUGUUGGAAACUCCACAUGAUCUAAAAACAGAUUGUCACAGAAACACUCUAGCAUGUCAUCUCUCCUCCUCCUUCAGCUGUCCCAGAAUUCUCCUUUGACUCGGGCAGUGCUGUGAGAUAUCAACUCAGAGGAGGCGGCAGCUCUUGCCACACUCACAUCCAGCUUCUUCUGAGGACCAGAGCCUCCUCUGGCACCUUGCUCUCCGUGAUGUCCCGGGAGGCCAAUGAGUACAUCAUCCUAGAGGUCAAUAACUCAACAUUUUCCUGUGCACAUAGGUGGCAGCAUUAAUGAAACAGACACAAAGCAUUAUGGGAAGACUAUUUGAAAAUAUGCUGACAUUUGCUUCACUUUUGAUCGCAGAUGGUCACCUUUUCUGUCUGCUCCAACCUUGGUGAUGGAGCCGACGCUCUGCAGCUCCCUGGUCAGCAGGUGGAUAUUGGGCAGUGGGUCCAGGUCAGCCUCAGUCACCAUGACAACCUGUUCACUACCACUGGAGGAAGCCAGAGAGAGAUCGUGGUUCACCCCAUGGUCGGUAACGUGUCGAACAGCGGAGAGAAGACGACUUUAAAGGUGGGAUUCAGAUCUGAUACAAACUUUCCAGUGCUCCUGUUUUCAGAGAUUUUUACAACAUGA